ACUAGAACGAUUCCCUCGCGAGCCGAACGUCGCCAGCGCCAAAGCUCGUGCUCUUUCCCAGCUCACGCGCUUCAGCAGCGGUAUAAAAGCGGGUCUGUACGGGGAGAGAUGUCUGAGUCUCCGGAGAAGCGGCGCAGGAUGGAGUCCGCGCUGGACCAGCUGAAAAAGUUUACCGUGGUGGUGGCGGACACCGGCGACUUUAACGCCAUUGAGGAGUACAAGCCCCAGGAUGCUACAACAAACCCCUCCCUCAUUCUGGCAGCAGCCAAGAUGUCGGCCUAUCAGCAACUGGUGGACCAAGCAAUUAAAUUUGGCAUUGCCAAUGGCGGGACUGAGGAAGAGCAGUUGAUCAACACUGUUGACAAGCUGUUUGUCAACUUUGGACUGGAGAUCCUGAAGAAGAUCCCUGGUAGAGUCUCCACAGAGGUGGAUGCAAGGCUUUCCUUUGAUAAAGAUGCGAUGGUGACUCGUGCACGGAGGCUCAUUUCUCUGUAUGAAGAGGCUGGAAUUAGUAAAGACCGUGUGCUAAUCAAGCUGUCCUCUACGUGGGAGGGCAUUCAGGCUGGAAGGGAGUUGGAGGAAAAGUAUGGGAUACACUGCAACAUGACCCUGCUGUUCUCCUUCGCCCAGGCAGUGGCUUGUGCCGAGGCCCGGGUCACUCUUAUCUCACCCUUCGUGGGCCGCAUUCUCGACUGGUACAAAGAGAACACCGACCGCAAGAGCUAUGAGCCACAUGAAGACCCAGGUGUGCUGAGUGUGACCAAGAUCUACAACUACUACAAGAAAUUUGGCUACCAAACUGUGGUGAUGGGCGCCUCCUUUAGGAACAUUGGAGAGGUGAAGGCUCUGGCUGGCUGUGACCUGCUCACAAUCUCACCUGGUCUGCUGGGAGAGCUCAGCAAGGAUCACAGCGCCAUAUCCUGCGCUCUCACUCCACAGUCAGCAAAGGAAUGUGAUCUGGACAAGGUGCACCUGGACGAGAAGGCUUUCCGCUGGCUUCACAACGAGGACCGCAUGGCCGUGGAGAAGCUCUCUGAUGGAAUCCGUAAAUUUGCUGCUGAUGCAGUGAAACUCGAGACGAUGAUAAAGGAGAAGAUGUUCAAUGAGAAGAAUGGACAGUGAAGAAGAGCUGCAGACCCUGAUGUGGCAGAGGGGCUACACCUCCUCCCUCCUGAUCCUCCUCUCCUGAUUGGCCCCUUGAGCUGCACUUUGCCACUAUUGGCAGCAAAUCGUGACUGACUGCUGAUUUGGUUCUGAUGUUGAACAUUCCUUAGUCUUAAAAUUGUGACCAAAAACCACAUGCUUUUGCUUAAUAUGUAGUUUUGAUGUAUUAAGUGCACCUUAAGAAGUAAUCUAGGACCAGAAAUGUCUAUUUUAAGACUUAAAAUUUGUUAUUAGGGAGAAAAAGAAAAUCUGUAUCUUAAAUCGUCCAUCAGAGCUACACUUGUACCUGAUUCUCCUGGCUGAGAUGUGGUUGGGAACAGGAGUAGCCUGGAGUAAAGUGGAAGCCAGCUGUGCAGCUUGGUACGUUUGAGAUGAGUGAGGCCUUUCUAAAAGGUCAGGAAUCAGUCAGAUCCACUCCUGCUUCACAUUUCCAAUAAACCCUUGAAGGGAACGGCCCAAAUGUUUCACAAAGAGACACUUUCAGGACAUGACGAUCUAAAAACCCAAUUAUUAAAGACCUAUUUCCUCAA